CUGGUGACCCCCAACCCGGCCAUGGAAUCCGAAUUUACUAACGAACAGCGCGCGGACUCGGAUGAACUUAUGAAGAAAGAGUGCAGUAAUGUACUCGGCGAAAUAGAUCGUCUAGAAAGGCGACGGAAGAUGCUGAGCGAUCGACUGAAGAAUGCGACGGACCUUGCGUUUGCGAUUGUUAAUACUGAGGACAGUAGACGGAUGCAGAGGCUCUCAUACCUCACGAUGGUCUUCCUACCGGCAAGUUUCAUUGCAUCUAUCUUUGGGAUGAACGUCAAAGAGAUCAACAAUGGGACACAGACACUCACGCACUACGUGGAGACCACCGUUGCAUUGACGCUUAUCACGAUUUACGUCGUCAUCUCACUUCAGAAACAGAGCUGGUUCCACAAACGCCAGGAUACUUUGGUGCAGCGCGCAGCGUGGCCGAUACUUUAUCCUUGGAGGACCUGGUGGCAAAUACACCGUAUGGGGAAGCAAACGGUAGAUGCAAAGGCGUGAUUAUAUGGAUUCACAC